AUGCAGUCACAGUCCAAAACUUCAUCUCAAAAACCAGAAGCAAAGAAACCAGACCCAUCCAUCAAAAAAGCUCCUCCUCAAAAGAAUCCAGCUGUCAAGCGAAAGCAAGAAGAAUCGACAGCAGCUACUACCAAUGGCCCUCCAAACAAGAAAAAGACCAUUUCCGUAGCUAAGCCAACGGUGGCAAGUGUGGACUUGGUUGUGACGUGUCCAGUCUCUAAUGAAGAAGCUCUGAUGAGAGCUGAAGAAUUACUUCCAUCCUUCAUGGAAAAUAUUGGAUCUUCACAAUGGAAAGCUCGCUUUGAAGCCAUGGAAGGCCUUCUUACCUUUAUUUCUGAAAUGGACAAGGAUACACUUAAUGAAAAUGCCAACAUACUACUAGUGACUCUUUACCAAAAACCUGGAUGGAAAGAUGCCAAUGCACAAGUACUGGGCAAAGUCAUAGAAGUUGCCAUGUACAUUAUGGACCAUUCGUUAUCUCUUUCAACAGGAGCAGCUACCAAAUUUAUGGAUGGAAUGGUUGAAAAGGUGACUCAAGCCAAACUUAAAGACUCAUGCCUAGAGUGUCUUUCCAAAUUUUGCGAAUACUUUUCUCCUCAGUUUGUUUUUGGUCAACUGUAUUCACUUCUCAAAGAUCACAAGAAUCCAAAAGUCAUUUCAGAAUGGCUCACAUGGAUGUCUAAGACGUUGGAGGAGUUUGCCUUGCAAACUAUUGAUAUUAAGGCCCACAUCGAAUUUGCCAAAACAUGCCUGGGUCACAGCAAACCUGAAGUGAAAAAGGGAGCCACCAUGUGUCUAUGCACAAUGAAACGAUUCAUGGGUGAAGGUUUGCUGAACUUUUUGUCAGAUGUUAAACCUGCUACCUUGGACACGAUCAAGAAGGACUUUGAAAAAGUUGAACACGACACUCCACCUGCAACCAGGUUUAUCAAAGGUUCAAAAUCAACAAAGAGUGGCGCAUCACAUGCUAUGGCAUUAGAUGACGAUUCGGAAGCACAGAGUACAAGUUGUGCCCUCUCAUUCCAAGACCUGCUACCAAGAACGGACAUUUCUGGAAAGCUCACCUCAAAACUGUUUAAGGACAUGGAAGAUAAAGCUUGGAAAGUGAGACUUGAAGCAUUGGAAGAAGUGAAGAAUAUCAUUGUUGAAGCCAACAAGAGAAUUACACCAAAUAUUAACAAUCUCAUUCAGUCUUUAAAGAAGAGGCUCGAUGACUCUAAUGUUAAGAUUUUGAGUACGACUCUUGAAUUAUUGGUAUUAAUCGGUGAAGCUGUUGGCAGUGCUAUGGAUAAGUUUACAAAUGCUAUUGUUCCAUACAUGGUUACCAAGUUAGGUCACAACAAUAAGAGCGUUCGAGCAGAUACUUACAAGACUUUGGAAAGCUUAGUCAAGUAUAUUCCAAUGGAAAAUAUUCUGAAAUCUAUGGAUAAAGUAUUGACCAACGAGAAGGGACAUCCAGACGGAAGAAAGGAUGCUCUCCAAUUUAUUGAUACGUACAUGUCUGAGAUGAAGAUCAAGACGAAAGACACCUUUCAACCAAUUGUCAAAUCCAUUAUCAACAGUUUACAAGAUCCAAAAGCUUGCUCUAGAAAAUUGGCUGAAAGUAUUUUGGAAAAGAUUAUCCAAUCCACUGGCGCUGAUUUUGUAAAGGAAAAUUGUAAGGACCUUAAACCAGCAUUUAAGACAACCAUUCUCUCGAUAGUGUCCAAGUAUGAAAAUAUUGUACCAACAACGACAUUGUCAAGCAAUUCACAAGAACCACCCAUCUCGACGGAAACAAGACAAAUUGAGCCAAACAAAUCUUACUCGACAACACAGGCUUCAUUCUCUCAAGCAGCAAUGACCAUUGGAGAUAUUAAGAGACAACAGCAAGUUCAACAACAAACGCAAGCCAGGCAAACUAUUGGACAAUUGAGAGAGCCAUCUCCAAGUCAAGAGGAGGAGAAGAACGCGGCAUCACGAAGAACUCUCACACAAGCAUCAUUGUUCGCAUCAACUCCAUCAUCGAGUACCUCUUCAAGGCCCAUCACUGUGCCAGACAGUCCCAGUGCACCAUCCACUCCUGGAAAGAGAAAUUUCAAUCAAGUGAAAGACAGUGUAUUCACAACACCAAAGAAGAUGAAGUUCACUCAGGCCCCAACCGAUCAAUUACUCCUUCUUUCUCCAACCAAUCUUCUCACUCCAAGAAGGGUUCAAACCAUCAUUCCUGAACGGAAGGAACUCAAAUUAUCAGUUGAUCAAGUGAUUUCCAUUCUCUCUAACACUAAGAUUAGCAACUUUGAGAAUGCCAUGAACGCUAUGAAAGCAUUGGAUAAGCUUGUUGAGACACAAGAUAUGGGAAUUGCUAUGAACCGAGAGGCAUUGCUGUUUGCUCUUACCAACUUUUUUGAAGUUGUUUUUGACUCGGUUGUUAUUGGCUUGUCAGGUCCAAGAAUUUGUAAAAUCAUUAUCAAUACUCUCAUGGGACUGUUUGAAGCAAGACCAUUUGCUGUUGCAGUCACAAAGAAGUCUUUGUAUCACCUAUUGGAUACUCUUCUCCGAUUAUUGCUCAAUGAAAAGUUGCCAUACAUUGAGUAUGGAGAUAAGAUGAUGUCAGCCCUCAACAGCCUCAUUCUCAGGAUUCUAGAAAACUCUUCACGAACAACUGCCUACGGUUGCCUCAUUUCCAUGCUUGAAAAAUCAUGUCUGGAUCAUGAACGAGAACCAUCCAUUCUUACUCGAGUUUUGAUCAAGUGUCUCAACAAACUUACCAAAACUUUGGAAAAGACUAUUGGAAUCAUUGAUAUUAAUAAUGUGCUUUUAGAUGUUCAACAUUUUAUGACGAACAAUCCACAAACAUUUUUUGAAGGCAAGGAUGACAGUCCAUUCGUGGCCAUUAAAACAAUUAUUCAAACAUUGGUGAGACUGAAAGGAUCUACACUGAGAGCCAACAUGAAUGGACUCAAUAAGGUCAUGAUUGCUCACAUUGAGCAUGAGUUGAACGUCAUUUCCAUUUCCAACUCCUCUUUGGUUAGCUCCUCUUCUUCGAGAGUGAUCGGCUCCCCAGUUCGUUCUUGCUCUCAACAACAACAAUCUGAGAGCGAGUUGCUUAAGGAAAUUUGUACCAUGAUUGGUAAUAAGGAAACCAACAAAUCAGGCCUGUACAAAUUGUAUCACUUCCAAGUACAACAUCCUGAAUUCAAGUUGAGCGAGUUUUUGGCAACCACUCAAUUUGGAAAAAUCUUCCAGGAUUAUAUUGUUUCAUCGAUUGCAAAAAUUGCAGCUCAUGAACAAGCAAAGAGCCAAAAGAAGUCAUUGGGAAGUGAAUAUUUGACGAGCGUACCAACUAGUUCAACACUCUCCUCGACAUUGACACCUCCUGAAUCAUCACGACCUGUCCUUAAAGAUUUAACACCAUCACUCUCAGCUAUUAAUUCAACAAGUUCAGUUUCAGCAAUUGCCUCCAUUGUUGAGAGUAGUGUAAGCACGAACAGCAACGGUCUCAGCACCACCAGCAGUCACACUACCUCCUACUCAUCCAAGCCUCAUCAUUCUCUCUCUUCAGAAAGUAUGAACAAGAUGAAAUUCUCUAUUGAUGACUAUCGAAAGGAACUCAAGUUGAGAAGCUCAUCUGCACACUCUUCACUCUCUUCAUCGACAACAUCUACAGUUUCACUUUCCAGCUCUUUGGCCAACGUCCAAAGCAUUAAAGAACGGUUGGCCCAAGUUAAGGUUAAUUCUGCAUCUUCUAUUGAUUUGGAGUCAAUUAGACAGAAAUAUAAGCAGCAAUUAUCAACUACAUUAGUCACAGCAAAUGCCAAUAAGGAGAAGGAAAAUAUUAAAAUGCAAUAA